GUAUACAAAUAUUUUUUUCUGUGUAAACGUCAGUAUGACUUAGCGCCACUGAUCUUCUUUACUUUGCGACUACAGCCAUUUGAUUUCGGUUUGGCACAGUGUUCAGUCGCUUUUUAAAGAAAAAAUAACAAAAUGGAUAUUAAAUUUGAAUUUAAGGAGGGAAGCCGAGCCGGGUGCUCCACAUUAUUGUAUACGCCAGAUGAAAAUCAGAUCUAUGUUAAAAAUAGACAAUUAAAAGAAGGUGACAUCGCGUACGUGUGUCGUAUAAAAGACUGCAAAGAUCGGGUUUAUCUAAGUGCGGAUAAGACUCGCGUUUAUUCGAAGACGGAGCAAGUGCAGCAUUUUCAUGGUCCGCAGGGCCAGGAAAUGCAGAAAAUUGAAGUGCUGUCUGAAGUUAAAAAAAAGUGUCAAAGUAGCUCCAAUAAUGACACCAAAAAAGUUUUUAAUGAUGUUUUGGCUGAGUAAGUAAAUUCUUUGUGUUGUUCUAAGAACCGUUAGCGCUCUAUGUACAUGAGCCUUUAGCGCUUCCGUAAAUACAUACAUACUAGAGGUGGGCGCGGCGUACAGGCCUCGGUCUUUUUCUUGGAACUAGGUUUCGUGCACGGGCCACCUCUAAUACAUACAUAUGUACAUACACGUCAACUUUUGGAUGUUAUUUCAGCAGACAAAAAUUCCGUUUAUGAUAUUAAAAACGAUAGUUUUGCGGACUUCAGGCGGACAAAACGUCCGAUUUCAGAUCCGCGAACGAUACUUAAGUUAAUCAUCUGACAGGGGUUUUGUGGCAGCAAAAGCUAUCAUUUUCGGAACCCGAAACUUCAAUUUUAAACAAUACGCGCGCGCGCGCCAGAGCCAAGCAGAUGUGGGCACACUGUUCCACCGAGGGAGUGGGCACAAGCGGGCCACCGCCACCAGUCUCCGCCGACGAUCGGUAGCGCCCGUUUUCGGGUCAGGUUUCGAUAAUUAGGCGGAAACUCCGAUUCUACGUCCGUUUUUAAUAUCUUUAUUGGACAUUUUUCGGAUCCAUCCGCAUUAUGUCCGCUCUUUGUUUGCUGGGUUAUCAUGUACAGCCUUAACGGUUCUUCGAACAAGAGGGUAUUUUUGUGAUAUAUAUUUUUUUAUGUUGAGUGUGUAAAUACUCUUGAAAAGUACACAAUACAGAAAUACACAAGUCCAUUCAUAAUACAAAUCCUUUUUUGUUCUCUAAUUAGAAAAACGGAAGGACAAGCGGAGAUCGAAGUCAAUUACGACACUGUCAAACGCACUCUGCAAAGAAAGAGGCAACCCUUUCUACCCAAAUCUCCAACUUCCGCAGUGGACGUACUUGAAGCAUUUAAAGAUGAAAACAUCAUGAGUCGUUUUGGGAUGACCAAGGGAAGUUCUCCGAAUGUUUUUUUUAAAAAACUUUACACGUCUGGAUCAUUUGCAUAUUGCAUAUUUUCGUCGGACAAGGUCAUUACUUUGAUGCAAGCAAAUAUUGAGGAGCAGAGUCGGCAUUUUUUAAUUGAUGCUACAUUCAAAGUAUGCCCGUUUGGAGAUUUUAAGCAACUACUUAUUAUUUACAUAAAGCAUAUGCAGAAGAUCACCCCAUUCUUAUUUGUCUUAAUGACGCGCAAAACGGAGCUCUGUUAUCAGCAUUUAUUCACCUAUGUAGACUCAAAUAUUUGUUGCUUAAAAGGGGCAUCAUUUAUUUCCGACUACGAAACAGCAAUGCGGAACGCCUUAAAAAACUUGCAUCCUUCCAUGAAUUUUUAUUCUUGCUGGUUCCAUUUUACUCAAGCAUGCAAGAGAAAAGCAAGAAAAACAUAUGGUCUAGAAAAAAUGCUUAAAUGCAAUAAACCGGCUUAUCUUCUAUUUAUGAAAUUCUUGUACUUGCCGCUAUUACCGGCUACCAAAAUUGUCGAAGCAUUUAAUCUUCUCGAAAUACAAGCAGCUGCUCUAAGCAAGGAGAACUUUUCGCCCUUUUUAAAAUAUUAUAAAAAACAGUGGCUUAUAAAGGAAGGACCUAAAAAUAUUUCAGUUUUUAAACGUUCGACGCGGACCACAAGCUCUGUUGAAGCAUACAAUUUGAAUUUGGGCAACAAAAUACGAGCAAAAGGGCACUUUUUUAAAUUUGUUGAAUGCAUCAUAGACGCCGAAUAUGAAAAAAGUCGGGAGUUCGCUCUGCUUUUUCAAAACGGUGGUAUAGGCAAUCAGACGCAACCAAAGCAGCUUCGAGACCGUGCUAAAAAAAUUAUGAACUGUAUGGAGAUGUUCGAGAAAGGCGAAAUCGAUAUUCAGGUGUUCUUGGCACGGACUGUCGGUCUAAAUGAAACAUUUUCAAAACAAGAUCUUUUUUCUGGAAUGUGUUCCGACCUAAACUCUUCCACAUCAUCGUCAUCAAGUUCAUCAAAUUUAAGCCAACUCUCGGAUUCGUUAUUUAUACAACAAAAUCCUUGUAAUGUAUGCCUUAUGAAUCCGAAAUCUGUAAUGCUUCGCCCCUGUAACCAUGUCAACAUAUGUAGUACAUGCUGGGACCAACUUGUCGAUAACCACGAACAAAAUGGAAUUGAAACUAAUCCCAAAUGCCCGACCUGCCAACAGGAAGUCGAAGAGGCUAUAAAAAAUGUAUAUAUAUAUAACUAAAUAAAUUUAAACAAUGUAAUAGCAAUUCGUUUUAUUCAUCCGCAAUCUAUCUGAAAUUUUUCUGCUGUGUCGUUUUUAAGAUGAUGUAUCUCCAAAAACGACACAUCUCCGCCGAUAAUAAGCUGGAUGAGUUGUGUCGUUUUCAAAACGACAUAUCUCCUCCCGAAGUUUUUUGAGAUCGGAGGAGAUAUGUCGUUUUCAAAGCGACAUAUCUCAUCCGAAAUUAA